CCGCGCACCACCUCCAUCACCACCAUCAUCAGGGCUUCCUGUUGUUGUUGGCUGCAGGUCGAGGCUGUUGUGUGUCUUUCUCUCUCUCUUUCCUCGCCGCCACGGCCAUGAAUCUGUCUCCCUCCGCGGGCUCGAACGCCAACGGCCUCCUCUACGUCGGCUUCAACCAAGACCACGGUUGCUUUGCCUGUGGAACGGAGAAUGGAUUCCGCGUUUACAACACAGACCCUCUCAAAGAGAAGGAGAAACAAGAGUUCCCCCAGGAGAGUUGUGACGGGGGCGGUGUGGUGCAUGUGGAGAUGCUCUUCCGCUGUAACUAUUUGGCCCUAGUCGGAGGAGGUCCCAGACCGAAGUUCCCUCCCAACAAAGUGAUGAUCUGGGAUGAUCUGAAGAAGAGGACUGUGAUCCAGUUGGAGUUCUCCACGGACGUGAGGGCAGUGAAGCUGAGACGUGAUCGUAUCGUGGUGGUGUUGGACUCUCUGAUCAAGGUGUUCACCUUCACACAGAACCCACACCAGCUGCAUGUGUUUGAGACAAGCCAUAAUCCUAAAGGUCUCUGUGCGCUGUGUCCACACAGCAACAACUCCCUGCUCGUGUUCCCAAGUCCCCGGGUUGGCCAGGUGACGACCGUGGAUCUCGCCUGCCCCGAGCGCUCGCCGCUAGAGAUCGCUGCACAUGAAGGGCCUCUGUCCUGUCUCGCGCUGGGCACGCACGGGGCUAGGCUAGCCACUGCGUCUCAGAAGGGGACGUUGGUGCGGGUCUUUGACACGGCCACUGGGCAACUCCUCCAGGAGCUCCGGAGAGGCUCCGGUCCAGCCACCAUCUACUGUAUAAACUUCAACCAGGACUCCACCCUGCUCUGCGUAUCCAGUGACCAUGGCACAGUACAUAUCUUCGCUGCAGAGGACCCCAAACGGAACAAACAGUCUAGCCUGGCAUCCGCGAGUUUUCUCCCCAAGUACUUCAGCUCCAAGUGGAGCUUCUCACGCUUCCAAAUCCCCACCGCAUCACACUGCCUCUGUGCCUUCGGCAGUGAACAGAACUCCGUCAUCGCUAUCUGUGCUGAUGGCACCUACUACAAGUUCCAGUUCAACCACAAGGGGGAGUGCAGCCGAGACGUCUACGCCCAGUUCCUCGAGAUGACCGACGACAAAAUAUAGCCCCGUUGCCCGGGCCUCGCAAGGCCUCUCAUACCCCUCCUAGGCCUAGCCAGGCCGUCCUAGGCCUCGCCAGACUUUCCUAGGCCUCGCCAGGCUUUCCUAGGCCUCGCCAGGCCUUCGUAGGCCUCACCAACUUAUCCUAAGCCUUGCCAGACCUUCAUAGGCCUAGCCAGGCCGUCCUAGGCCUCGCCAGGCUUUUCUAGGCCUCGCCAGGCCUUCGUAGGCCUCACCAACUUAUCCUAAGCCUUGCCAGACCUUCGUAGGCCUAGCCAGGCUGUCCUAGGCCUCGCCCGGCUUUCCUAGGCCUCUCAAGGCCUUCGUAGGCCUCACCAACUUAACCUAAGCCUUGCCAGACCUUCGUAGGCCUAGCCAGGCCAUCCUAGGCCUCGCCCAGCUUUCCUAGGCCUCUCAGGGCCUUCGUAGGCCUCACCAACUUAUCCAAAGCCUUGCCAGACCUUCGUAGGCCUAGCCAGGCCGUCCUAGGCCUCGCCCGGCUUUCCUUGGCCUCGCCCGGCUUUCCUAGGCCUCGCCAGCCCUUCCUAGGCCUUACCAGCCCGUCCUAGGCCUUACCAGCCCGUCCUAGGCCUCGCCAGCCCUUCCUAGGCCUAACCAGCCCGUCCUAGGCCUUACCAGCCCGUCCUAGGCCUCACCAGCUCUUCCUAGGCCUAACCAGCCCGUCCUAGGCCUUACCAGCCCGUCCUAGGCCUCACCGGCCCUUCCUAGGGCUUUGCCAGGACCUCGCCAAACCUACAAAAAGGGCCACUUCAGAUUGCUCUUAAGUUGUUUUGCCCUUGACCUGCAUAGGCCUAGGAAAUGCCUGGCCAGGCUUCGCUAGGCCUCUGUGGCCUCUCCCGUAGACCUCUCCCUAGGCCUGUCCAGGCCUCCGCAGGGGGCCCCUCUGAUUGCUCUUAAAUUGUUUCGUGACCUAGGCGUGCGUAGGCCUCGCCCAUGGCUUGCCUAGGCCUACCCCAGGCCCCUCUGAUUUCUCCAAAGACUCCGCCGUAGGUCGCGCCAGGCCUCCCAAGGGGCCCCUCUGAUUGCUGUUAAAUUGUUUUGUGACCUAGGCCUAUAUAGGCCUAGCCAGGCCUCCUAAGUGGGGCCCUCCCUCUGAUUGGCUCUUAAAAGUGUUUUGCUGUGUCCUAGGAAGGCGGCCUGCCCCGGCUUUACCGAGGCCUCGAUUAGGCCUCACUUAGGCCUUCCUAGGCCUGGUCAGGCUUUAGGCCUUCCUAGGCCUGGCCAGGCUUCACUUAGGCCUUCCUAGGCCUGGCCAGGCUUCACUUCGGCCUUCCUAGGCCUGGCCAGGUCUUGCUUAGGCCUUCCUAGGCCUGGCCAGGCUUCUUUUAGGCCUUCCUAGGCCUGGCCAGGUCUUGUUUAGGCCUUCCUAUGCCUGGCCAGGCUUCACUUAGGCCUUCCUAGGCCUGGCCAGGUCUUGUUUAGGCCUUCCUAGGCCUGGCCAGGUCUUGUUUAGGCCUUCCUAGGCCUGGCCAGGCUUCACUUAGGCCUUCCUAGACCUGACCAGGUCUUGUUUAGGCCUUCCUAGGCCUGGCCAGGUCUUGUUUAGGCCUCCCUAGGCCUGGCCAGGCUUCACUUAGGCCUUCCUAGGCCUGGCCAGGUCUUGUUUAGGCCUUCCUAGGCCUGGCCAGGUCUUGCUUAGGCUUUCCUAGGCCUGGACAGGCUUCACUUAGGCCUUCCUAGGCCUGGCCAGGCUUCACUUAGGCCUUCCUAGGCCUGGCCAGGUCUUGUUUAGGCCUUCCUAGGCCUGGCCAGGUCUUGUUUAGGCCUCCCUAGGCCUGGCCAGGUCUUGUUUAGGCCUUCCUAGGCCUGGCCAGGUCUUGUUUAGGCCUUCCUAGGCCUGGCCAGGCUUCACUCAGGCCUUCUUAGGCCUGGCCAGGCUUCACUUAGGCCAUCCUAGGCCUGGCCAGGUCUUGUUUAGGCCUUCCUAGGCCUGGCCUUGUUUAGGCCUUCCUCGGCCUGGCCAGGCUUCGCUUAGGGCUUCCUAGGCCUGGCCAAGUCUUGUUUAGGCCUUCCUAGGCCUGGCCAGGCUUCACUUAGGCCAUCCUAGGCCUGGCCAGGUCUUGUUUAGGCCUUCCUAGGCCUGGCCAGGUCUUGUUUAGGCCUUCCUAGGCCUGGCCAGGCUUCACUUAGGCCUUCCUAGGCCUGGCCAGGCUUCACUUAGGCCUUCCUAGGCCUGGCCAGGUCUUGUUUAGGCCUCCCUAGGCCUGGCCAGGCUUCACUUAGGCUAUCCUAGGCCUGGCCAGGCUUCACUUAGGCCAUCCUAGGCCUGGCCAGGUCUUGUUUAGGCCUUCCUAGGCCUGGCCAGGUCUUGUUUAGGCCUUCCUAGGCCUGGCCAGGCUUCACUUAGGCCUUCCUAGGCCUGGCCAGGUCUUGUUUAGGCCUUCCUAGGCCUGGCCAGGCUUCACUUAGGCCAUCCUAGGCCUGGCCAGGUCUUGUUUAGGCCUUCCUAGGCCUGGCCUUGUUUAGGCCUUCCUCGGCCUGGCC